AUGAAUCGGCUUUGCGAUUACUCGGAUACGGUUUUCCUCGCCGAGGGGCACAACAGAAGACACCCGGAUCUCCUCAUGACUUGGAGAAUAAUGACCGAACUUCGACGAUGGCAUAUGACGGGUAUUGCGCCAUUGCCUCAUCUGCAGCUUGUCCCCGAAGGUUUCUGGGAUAAAUACACAGGAACUGAUUUGAGGCUUCUGCUUCACGUUACCCGAGUAUCUAUGGAUUUUGAACGUCGUGGUAUCAGUAACUGCAGCGUCUGGGUGCAGAAAAUGCCCACCUUUCUUGCAAUAGCGCUAGAAACACCGUUUGUGAUGAGCUCACUCCUGGCGUUUUCUGCUUCUCACAUGGCUUGGAUCACCCGAAACACCGAUACGAGUGAUUUAAUGCUCCAGUACAAAGGGUUUGCCUUAAACGGCCUACGAAGAUCUCUUCACAAAUUUUCUGAGAGUAUUUCUGAGGCAGUUUUGGCUGCUUCUAUCCUGCUUUUAUGGCAGGCAAACGAGUGGCAGGAAUGGGUUUCACUCCAGUGUGGAAUCACGAGUGUUCUCAAAGCCAUGUCACCAGCUAUCAAGCGUCGAUCUGAGCUAGCCAUGUUUCUGGAUCAGCAGAAUAGUAACAAGCAUGGCUAUUCUUUGGAGAUUUUCUGUGGCUCUGGUCCUACCAUCCUAGACACGCUCACCGCCGAUUUGCUCGAUAUGGAGUAUUCAUUAGCCCACCAACUUCAUGGUUCAUACAUUAGUGAACUAUUGCAGUUCAUCCAGAACAUACAAUGUGGUGGUCCCUUUGCCGAUAUUGAAGAGGCAUUCGAUAGACUGCGUCCGCUAAAGACGUGGCUCCUUUGGCUGCCGCCAGCUCUUUUCGCUGAACAAGAGGAAGUGAGCGCACUUAUUAUACUCUCGCAGUAUUAUACGGCCGCGGUGGCCAUUACAUCAACCUUCCAUUUUCCUGACCUCGAAGACCUUUAUCUUGGAAGCCUAUCCCUUUCCCCGCUUGCAUUCGUUCAAGAAAUCCUUCGCGUGAGAGUCAUCAUGCCCGUGCACCAAGAAGACGGGCUCGUCGAAGGGAACAGUCAUUUCGUGCAGUGA